ACGUCCCAGGGCAGGUCGGAGCAGUGGCAUUCAGGUGGCUGGGACGCGACGAGAAGCACCUGGCAGGAGCCGGACUACAAGCCUGGCGAGCAGCAGUGGGCUUCUUCGCGAUCCACCUGGACUCCGGCUUCGACCUGGGAGAGCUACGGGGACAGGCAUUGGAAAGACGAGCAUUGGGGCGACUGGUCAUCCGGAUGGAGAUGGAACGACAACUACAAGGACAGCAAGUGGGAGCCCAAUAAGCGCCACUCCGGACAUGAUGACGACCGCCCCAGCACAAACACUGGCAAGGACUUCGCCGACCCCGAGAUAUGGAGAGGCUGGGGGGACUACCGCAUGUGGCGCCGCACGGUGCUGCGCUGGAGAACACUGACGGACGUUCCCUCCCACAAGCAGGCUGAUCGCCUCUUCCGCUCUCUUGAUCAAGACCUUCAACGGAAGCUCGAGGACCUCGACGACGACACGCUGUGCAGCUCAUGGGGUUUCGACGCCAUCGUCAAACGCCUUGACCUGAUGUCUGGUGAAAGACACGGCGACGAGCGACGGAAGGUCGCUCGAGAGUGCUUACUGGAUUAUUCACGCAAGCAGGGAGAUAAUCUCACCGAAUAUUGUGCACGUGUGGACACGGCCUUCGACAGGGUAGCUACCCAGGGGCUGCCGCUUCCAGACGAGUGGAAACUGAUGUUCCUGGAGGAAGGAGUUUCUCUCGACGAGCGCUCGGCGCAGAUGGUCAAGGUGCUCAUGAGGGACCAGAAGGACUACAAGUCGGCUCUCUCGGCCAUUCGGGAGAUGGACAUCUCCCAUCGAGAGCAUCUCAAGGCACGCAGGACCUACGCCACUAUGGGCUCGGAAGCACCCCCACCUCAGGUGCCUACCUAUCAGGUCGAGCGCGACGACGAGUCCCUGCUCGACUACUCGGAUGUCUCCUCCAUGGACUCAGACGGGGACGCAGAGGUCUGGGCGAUCCUGGAGUCGGCCGACGUCGGGGAGGACGACGCGCCUGCAGCGCUGGCCGCCAUUAACCAGGAGCGCCGCAAGACGUGGGAGCAGAACCGCGACUUGAAGAGACAGCUGAAGACCGACCGGAAGUUCUACGAUAGGUCUGGCCAGGGCCGUGGCAGUGAUGGGCGCGAGAAGGCUCGCAGGCCCGGCCGCAGGGCGGCAGACGGCACGUUCAGGGCGCGGAAGAGCAUUGAGGGUAGCAUGGAGGUGCUGGAGCUGGAUGUCCUGGACCAGGUGGGCAAGUUUUCGGUUCCCGCCAAAGACUUUAAAGCUCCGGCCUCCGUGUUUAGGUUCCAGAACAGGUCCGCUAAGGGGUCUGGAGUCGGGCGGCACUUCCGACUACGCGCUGAGCGGUACGUGUACUUCGGGAAUCGCCAGGGCUUUGAGUUCCAGGUCGAGACGUUUCAGAGCCAGGGGAUGGUCGACAGCGCGGGGUUGGAGGUGGCCGACGUGGGCCACGAGGAGCGGCCACAUACGAUGACGGACCGCAUGCAGAGCCAGACGGACUCAGCCUGGGUCUACGGGGCCACCGGGACCUACGUCCCGGAGAACCUCAACAAGGGCGAGAAGGGAUGGGCCUGCUUGGCCGGGUGGGUGCUAUAUUGGUCGGCGCGUCUGGCCGAGGAGUUCGGGAGUAUGUGCCGCGCCAAGCGCUUCUGGCCGACCAACCUGCCCAAGUCUCUUCGUCGCCUCUCGGAGGCGUACGAGACGUGUUGGCACCCACCGACGCUCGUGAACUACGGAGCCAACUCAUGGGGGAAGUGGUUCGUAUGCAGCGGGUGCACGAUGAGGGUCGGAUACUGGGAGCUGAGGCCGACAAAAGGUACCGUGAAAGAGGAGAAGAUGUGCCUGUGCAAGAAGAAGGACGCCGCGUGCACGCUGCGUGGACAAGGUUGGGCUCAGGGCGCGACCGCCGAGCCACAGUGGCAGGCCUUGAUAUGCGUGCCCAAGCCACCUCCUGGGGCCGAGAGGGCUCCGUUGCCUCUUCACCCGGGCAUGAUGGCCGGAGGUCUGGCGGGCGGCUCAGUCAUGACGGCUCGGCAGCCGGCGUAUCAGCGAGUGGCGGAGGACGCGGCGAAGGUCACCGAGGCGCUGCAGAAGGAUCAGGCGGAACAGAGGUCCGCAGCAGCAGCAGCUCGCCGGGCGUCCUCAACGAAGCGCAAGCCAGAGAGCGACACGGAGGCUAUGGACACCGCCUCCGACCCACUCGAGGAGAUGCGCGAGUACCAGGCCAAGACCGAGAGGGACAUGAAGGGUAUGGUCGAGAGUCAAUUUCAAAAGAUGAUGGCCAUGAUCCAAGGGGUGAUGGCCUCGCAGGCGUCGCAGCAGGAGGCGCUCGAGCGGGCCACGACCACCGUAAAAGAGCAGAUGACGGCGAUCGCGACCGCCCAGGGACAGGCGCAGGAGGCCAGCCGAAUGAUCAGGGCCAUAGCGCAGGGCAGCUCGAGCAGCAAGGCGGACCAGGUCAAGGUCACAGCCGCUGCAAUCGACUCUCCCCCCAAGGCGGAGGCCAGGGCACCGCAGGCUCGGGAGGUUCCACAACGGCCAGUGCCGUCGGGGCAUCCUUCGUCACUGGGCCAGCAGAUGACCGAGCCACAGCCUCAGAGCCCACCACCUCUCGCAGCGGGGGCGCCGCCAGGAGUGGCUCCAACAGCGUGGGCCUACAUUGGGACAGCACCUCUCGACGGGACGAGUGCGCCGGCGGCGAUGGCCUCCCAGGCGAUGCUGCACCAGCAGGCGGCAGCCAACGCGGGGGCGCCACAGCCGACGAGGUCACCAGCGCUAGGAGGCUAUCCGACAUAUGGUCCCCCUGUCGAGCAGAAGAAGGACGCAGUGACUCCUCCCCGCAAUCCGGAUCGCCUCUUCACUGCGGACGAGAUGCCGAUCGGCUCCACGGGGACGCUGACCACGGAGGCCAGCAUUUCACUCCCGGGCACGGACCUGGCAGCCCCGCCAACGGCAGCAGUCGGUCCCUACGGCAAGGGCAACAACAAGGGCAAGAGUACUCCCUCACGCAAGCCAGAGAACGGAGACCCGUGGACGCCGGGCCCGGAGGAGAAGGCCGCCGAGAAGCGGCGCCAGGAAUACCACGAGUGGAAGGAGGCCGGGUGGAAGACCUUCCACAACGGCCGCUG